AUGUCAAGUUGCUGCAAGUGCGAGAGUCAUGGCCGCAACGGCAGCGGCACCGGCGCCGGCGGACGGCCGCUGAUCUGCCUGGUGCCCCGCGAUGGCCCCGGCCCGGCCCAGGCCGGUGUCUCCAAACCUCCAACUUCUGGACCCUCCGGACACAAUAGCGACUUCCGGCUGCUUGAUGAUGAUUAUAUUAAGAAAAACUUUAAGCUGCCGCAGAGAGCGCUAUAUUUGGAUCCGUUUAGGAAACCUCUUAUCACGUUCCCAAUUGGAGGCCCGCCCAAGAACUUCAACAUGGCACGGAAGAAUAAAAUCAAUCAAAUGAUCUUGGAUGGAUUUUUGGAUCCAAGCGAGGCUAUAUCGGCUCCUAGUGUAUUUCCUUACGCAACAUCGCAUGCUAAGAAAAACAAGGCCGCAGAAGAAGAAGAGGAAAUCAUCUACAUCUUGCAACUGCCAGAUAUAGAAUCUCGCUGCCCUGCACAUAAUCAGACUAUACGAACUCCCAGGUUUAUUUGGCAUUCCUGCAAGAAAUCAAAAAAAUCAGUCCACGUCGGUGACAUGAAACAAGGCGGCGGACCUUUGAACAGACCAAAGCCUUGGUUACUUAGCAGACACACAGACUUCGAUUUACUAUCCCAAUGGUAGUUAUUUGUGAAAAAAUGUAAAUAAAUGAACAAUAAAAUAU